ACCACCUUAUCAUAAUCCUCCACAUUCAAAACCAACACGACAUAUUCUUUCUCCUCUUUUGCUUUCUUCACCUUUUUUCCCCUGUCUACUCUCCACUUUAUUAUCAUCGGCACUUUUUCACACUCUCCAAUGGCUUUCUCUCUUCCAUCACUAUACACACCGUCUUUUAAAACAAGCCAAAAUCUCAUUUCCCAUUCAAAUCCAUCCGGGUCUCCUCCUCUUCCUGCACAUCUCAUCAACAAUCAACAUCCACCAGAUCCAUGGCGAAAAGACCUUCCUCCAAGUGCUUCUUCUUCUUCUUCCUCCAACUGCUUCUGUUUGUAUGCAAUUCAGUUAUGAGCUCGGAAAUUUCUCAUGCCAAAAAGUCGAUUGAUUUUGAGAGAAGGGAACUUGAUCGGGAGAAACAACAAUUGUUUCCUUCUAUUCACAGAACACUCGUUGAAUAUUUCCGCUAUAAAAUGACGGAAUUUGACUCGAUCGAUCCUCCGACCACCGCCUUACCCACACCUCCGAUCACCAAUCCGGUCACAAAUCCGGUCACUGGCCCUCCGGUCAAUACAGCACCAGGGAUUGUCACAGUACCUGGUGCCAACCCUGUCGGUGUGUCACCCAAUCCACCCACAACAAAUCCCGUCACAAAUCCAUCGGUACCAGUCACUAAUCCGGUGACCACGCCAAGCACGAACCCCGGAGGACAGCCGCCGGUGAACCCUGUUACAACACCAUCUGUACUGCCGCCUCCAACGACAUCAGGAGGAAACGCUCCGGCAGGUCCAGGUCGAGGGCAGAGCUGGUGUGUAGCAAAGAGUGGAGCGUCACAGGCGGCACUACAGGCGGGGCUUGAUUAUGCAUGUGGGAUUGGCGGAGCUGAUUGUGCCACGAUUCAACAGGGUUCAAGCUGUUAUGAACCAGCCACGCUUCAGAAUCAUGCUUCGUAUGCUUUUAACAGUUAUUACCAAAAGAAUCCGGUGCCAACAAGUUGCGAUUUUGGUGGCGCUGCUACUGUCACCACCGCCAAUCCAAGUGUAGGUUCAUGUAUCUAUCCAUCAUCAUCAUCAUCUUCUUCAUCUUCAUCUUCUUCUCCCUUGCCCACAACACCAACUACACAAGCACCUGUUAAUCCAACGGCUUUUCCUACACCUACAACAUCAUCUUUGCCUACACCUACAACAUCAUCUUCAGGGUCAACUAUACCAGGGAUGCAAUCUCCUCCACCAGGGUUUAGUUUUGGAAACCCUGAUCCGGGGUCAACAGGAUUAGGAGCUUUUGGUGCAAGUCCGCCCCUCGGGAACACAGCAUCUGCAUCAGAUGGUUUGCGGCCGUUUGUGGGGUCGCUUGUAAUCCUAUUUGUAGCAUCCAUCGUCAUGAUGUUUGGUGUUUAGAGACAUCAAAGAGAAUAGAUGAUAUGGUUUUAGACAAAGUUAGAGUAGAAGAGAGUAUGAUUAUUGUAUUUGGGUUGUAUAAUAGGGACAGGUUUUGCAGUCAUGUUAAAUAUUAUUAUUAUGUAUUCGCAUUUAAUUUGAUUUUUACUUAUUUAUUGUU